UCUGGUGUUGGUUUCGAGGCAUUCUUUACUGCCACAACCGGAGUCUUGGUUGUUGCUGUUAGUCUGAAGAAAGAGUACCUUACUGUGGCUGUGUCAGAUAAACCAAUUCUUGACAUGCAGUGGCAUCAUGUUGGUAUUGUACAUGUGGGCCAGAGACGUCCGUGGGGCAUUAGAGAGGUGUUGAUUUUUAUUGAUGGCCAACUUUGUCGUAAGACAAGUAUGAAACUGCCUGACUUUAGUGAAGGAUUUGGAUCGUGCCACAUUGGAUGUGCUGGACAUCGUACAACAAACGAGUUGGACAGUCUUCCAAAUAUCGACUGGCCUGACUCGCCUGUAGACUCUCUAGAUGCAGGUGCUGGUAGUGAAUAUCCAUCGUCUAUACUGGCUGGCAGCCAAGACAGCGAAUGGGGUACUCCAUGUUCUCUACUCGGUCAGCUUGGUCCAGUUUGUGUGUUCUUUGAAGCUAUUUCAGAGACUCAAAUGAAGAUCCUUUACUCACGAGGUCCGGACGAUGUGACUUUGUUUCAGCCUGGCGAUGCCAAUUCUCAACUGAGUACUCUGUCGUCACAGUUGUUACUGUUUUAUCAUGCCAAGGCUUGCAAGAAUCACUUGUGUUUUGAUAUCACUGUAAGGCCACGUGGGAAACAUAGUCAACAUGGCCGGUUGACUGGACACAAAGCAGUGACACAGAACAUUAAGGAUACAUUAGGAACUCUCGGAGGUGUUCAGGUGCUGUUUCCAUUAUUGGAGACCGUUGACCUACCAGUUCAACCGUGUCUUGAGCCUGUAGUUACGUUGAGUAGUACAGAUGGUACACACGGUGUAGUGUCUCAAUGUAGUAAAACUUUGAAUCUUAAUGUCGAAAAUGAUGUUUGUGAACGAGUGACAGCAUCAGGAAGCUCUGUAUCUGAUAACGCUCUCACACCAAUAUCUACCACAUCUGAUGAGGUUGACAGUCCUGAAGGAGGGCAACAGCUACAAUGGAAACCUCCAGCAUGGCGGCCGACGUUUCGGAAUGAAGACGAUGAACGAUGUGAGGUAGCAAGGUUUUUGUCGUUGUUGAGGAGCUUUCUUUUUCAAUCGCCAUCAAACCAAUCGGCUCUUCAGGAACGGAAUGGGAUGGCAGUUAUUGGAGCUUUGUUGCACAAGGUUGAUGCUUGUCACAUCAAUGUAGAAAUGUUAUCUGUCGUGCAGAUGUUGGUUGAGACAGUGGCGUCUACUAAUACUCGCCUUGUAGGGCAGAUCUACGAGCAUUUGGUAUUCAACUUUGGAAUUUGGACUCGGGCAAAGUUUCACACACAAAUCGGGCACAUUCAAUAUGUGGCUACAGUCAUUAAGGACAACUUCAAGAUGUGCCGCAGUAGAUAUGGUGUAUCCUUCCUACUCGGUGUUGUGCGGAAAUUUCAUAGUUCAACACCAACUACGCCGUCAACUCCUAAAGUCUUUGAAUUUGGAGAGAUUAGUGAUGAAGAGAAAGCUAUUCGUGGGGCACUAUUUAGUUCGACCAAGUAUUUUAUGCAGAAAGGUAUGAAAAUGGAGGAACUCGAAGCAACGUUAAAUUUUAUUGCCAGCUCUGUUGAGCCAUCACACCUAAUGGAAGUGUUGGGAAUGCUGUACUCUCUGAUGACGAAGGCUCCUGCUCAUGCUGAGAUAAUAGAGAUGAUCUCUGGUACUGGCCGAGGUGAGUUGCUGUGGGCGUUGACUCAGUUUGGGGACGAAAGAGUGCGAACUAUUGGUCUGAAGAUACUAGUGGCUAUGAUGACAUCAAGCCACGUCUCUCUGAGCAACAAGCGACGCUUGCUGCUGGAUGAUACGAGCACUGGAGCUUUGUGUCAAUGUAUGAGUGCUUUUGAUUUGACUCGCGCUGAAGCUACGUUGCUGAUGGAGAUCGCAAGUGUUAAAGUUGGCAGUUCUUAUGUGGCUGGUGUGCUACAGAACUACGACUUAGUGGUAUCACUUGUUGAGAUUGCAGUCAAUGCAGAUUACCAUGUCCGAUUGGAAAUAUGUCAACGAAUCUUAAUUUCAUUGUCAAAACUGUCAAUCGGUUUGAAAUGGUAUGUGGAGGAGCCGGCUUGGUUUAAGGGUCUUGUUGCAUUGCUCACUCCUGCUCGGAAAGCUGUCAGACUUCAGGCAACACCGCCGUUGCCCAGACAAGUCUCAGAUGGUAGUGAACGCUCUCUCACAGCUGUGCCAAUUGAGGAUGUAAAUGAGAGAGACGUGCUGGAUCGAACUGCAAAGGCUCUCGGUUGUGAACUGUGUAACAUGGUUUUGGACAUUCUGGCUCUCAUUAUGUGGCAAGGAUUGAGUGGUUGUGACAGUUGGAAGGAACGAGGUCAGGUGAUGGCUUGUAUAGACAAUACAGCUGCCGAGUAUGAACUUCUUCAGCCAGCAAUUACAUUGAAACGAGAACUCUUUGAACGUUGUCUACAUGCUGCAGGAGAUGAUUUGGCUCAUGCAGGUUUAAUAGAUGCUGUUCUUGUAACUGGUGCUGUGCAACUCAUUCAAGCUGUUGAGAAUUUCAUCUUCAGGUCGUCACUUGGAUAUGGAGAUCUGUCAGGAGAGUUUGCAACAGUCUGGAGUGGCAAGUUGAUUAAAGGAAUUUUUCAAGUUCUUGAUCAAUUGCAUGUCUGGCAUGCCACUGAUUCUACAAACAAAGAUUUAGCACGCAUUGGUCUCCGAGUUCUAUUGGCUGCUGUAAACCAACCUGUUGAAGAGUUGUGUGCUGUGGCAACAUCUCGGUUGCAGCCACUGCUGCAGAAGCAUCCUUUGCCUGAUUUCCUUGAGGCAAGCUUCAUUCUUGGUUCAGUGUGUGACUCUUUAGCAUCUGCUAUACAAAAGGGAGAAGCAGAUUCCGAUUGCUACAACCAUAUGUUACUUCUUCCCAUAGUACGUAUGCUGUUGAUCUUAUGGAAGGAUGUUCUAGACAUUGAUCAUCAUCUUCCUAAUCUGCCUUCACAAGACGAUGCUUCUUUUACUCAUAAUUUACUAGAAUUUAUGAAGUCUGAUGAGUGGAGAGCAUUUCUUGGAGAGCAAAUUUUUCCUACGAUGGAGAACUAUGCUCAGGAUCUACAUGGUCCAGCCACGACACGUGUAGCCAGACUGCAACAAGAAUGUCAAGUUGCUUGUACAGAGUCAGUCAAGAAGAGCAAGCAUCGUGUUGCUGAAGGCAUGGUGAAGGUGCAGGAAUUGGUUAUGAAUCCUUUUAUGGCUCGACGUGAAACUGAACGAGAUCACCUUGCUGCUGAAUUGGCGGAAGACAAAAAGUGUCAUCUCACAGUUCUUAAAUACUGGAGGGAACAAAAGCAGUUUCUCACAAGUGAGCGAGGCACAUGGUCUAACAGAGAAACACAGGAAUCUUAUUGGAUGGUUGACAAUCGAGAGAACUUUAGUAGAAUGCAUCUCAAACUGCGAAGGCUCUUCAACUAUGAUCGUCAUGUUGAAGCCAGUCUUAAAAGAGAUAGAACAGGACGCUCCAGUACGUCUGAACCAGGUCACGUGACUGGUGGCAUUGACCUGACGGUUGGUGAAGAGGCUCGUGUUCGGAAUCAGGCUGACGAUCGCCUUGGAGACGAUGAAUGGCUUGUGCUCAGAGAUGCAGAAACCUCUUCACCAGUGUCUGGUCUUGCAGAAGUUGUUAUUCUUGAACAGUGUGAACUUGUUGUUCAUACAGAAGUUGUGCCAGGCACCUUUAGGAUGACUAGAAGCCAUGUGUAUUUUUUUGAUACAAGGCCACCUUCAGAAAGAGAAUUGGAUGUCGGUGGUGAUUUUCAAUGGGAUUUGUCUCAACUACGUGAAGUUCAUUUACGACGCUAUAACUUGCGACGAAGUGCACUUGAAUUUUUUUUACUCAACCAAACUAAUUAUUUUAUUAAUUUUACAAAACAAACUCGUAACAAGAUUUAUUCAAAGCUUUUGUCUCUACAUCCACCCAAUCUUAUUUAUGCCAGUUCUCGUAGUCCUGCUGAAAUGUUGGCCGACUCGGGAAUAACUCAGAAGUGGGUAAGAAGGCAGAUUUCGAACUUUGACUAUUUGAUGCAGUUGAAUACUAUUUCUGGAAGAAGUUACAAUGACUUCAGCCAGUAUCCAGUGUUUCCAUGGAUUUUGAAAGACUAUCACUCUGAAGAACUGGACCUUAACAAUCCGGACAUAUUUCGUGACCUUACUAAACCCAUCGGAGUGCAGAAUCCAGCACAUGUUGCAGAAGUGGCAGAAAAAUAUGAGAUGUUCUUUGAUCCUGGUGGUAUUGUGGAUAAGUUUCAUUACGGAACACACUACUCUAAUGCAGCUAGUGUUAUGCACUAUUUGGUCAGGCUGGAACCGUUUACUUCAUUACACAUUCAACUCCAGGGUGGAAAGUUUGAUCUCGCCGAUCGUCAGUUCUAUUCAAUACCAGCCGCAUGGGAAACGUUAUUGAAGAAUCCUAAUGACGUCAAAGAACUCAUUCCAGAAUUCUUUUAUUUCCCUGAGUUUUUGGUCAAUCAGAAUCGUAUCGACCUUGGUGAAUUGCAAACCGGACAGAGGGUUGACGAUGUUGUAUUACCAGCUUGGGCUGCUAGUCCGGAAACUUCAUAAGACUUCAUAUGGAAACACAGACAAGCAUUGGAGUCAGAGUAUGUCUCAGACCAUCUUCACGAAUGGAUUGAUCUCAUUUUUGGAUACAAGCAGAGAGGGCCGGCUGCUGUUGAGGCUUUGAACGUAUUCUAUUAUUGUACAUACGAAGGUGCCGUCGAUUUGGAUGCCAUUACUAAUCCACAAGAACGAGAGGCAUUGGAAGGAAUGAUCAAGAACUUUGGUCAAACUCCAACACAGCUGCUGAAGGACGCACAUCCGAAGCGUAUGUCUGUUGACGAGGCAUCGCAUUACAACAAGAGACUAGCCGAGAAUGCGACUCUCGCACCCGAUGUAUUCGAGAAUCUAGAGAAACUCAAAGCUUACUUUGUCGAAGUUUACAAAGACGGCGAUCCUGUUGUGUACAUAGGCAUAGCAGGAAGGAAGUCACAGUCGUUCCUUCAUUCAGGAUUACCAAGAGAUCUUGUGACCGUGAAUGAGUAUGGCGUCAGGCAUAAUCAUGACUGGCUACCGUACUCAACAGGAAAGAAAUGUCCUUUCACGUUCAAUAUGGAUCCAUUGCUUGCGUCUUCCAGGUCGUUGCCAAGUCUUGGUGCUCCGUUCUCUCCUGACUUAGUUGUCAAGUCGCAUCUGUUUGUGUUGACACGCGAUGGCAAAAUGUUUAUAGUAGCCGGCCAUUGGGAUAACAGUUUUCGAGUCUGGUUGUCAGCAAAGGGAAAGAUGACUCAAAUCAUUAGAAAGCACACCGAUGUGGUGACGUGUGUGGCAGCAGACAGUCGUGGCCAGUACUUGAUCACUGGAAGCAGAGACACUACGUGUAGAGUGUGGCUUAUUCUACAUCAGCACGGUUUUGCAGCAUCAGUUGAUGAAACUCCAAUCCAGACUCUGUUUGGUCACGACUCGGAGGUUACUGCUGUUGCUCUGAACACAGAGCUUGACAUCGCGGUGACCGGCUCGCUGAAUGGAACAUGUAUCAUCCAUACAGUGCAGACCGGUCAAUAUGUCUGCACUCUAAACUCCCCUUUUGCUGAGACACAUCAAUCGUCGAUAGCCCUACUCGGUAUUGGAGCUUUUGGAACCAUCGUAGUCUAUUGUGCCGGUCAGUCAAAGAGUGGAGUUCAGGACGGCAACAACUGCAUGCUACACAAGUAUAGUGUCAAUGGAAAGUUACUAGCAUUCGUCUCUGUUGAUGCGAUGUCGGACAUGACAGUGAGCGGGCAGUGGCUCGUAGGCGCUCAUGGCAAGAAACUGAUCGUGAGGAGCUUGGAAGCAUUGCUGCCCGUCCACGAAGUGUCUUUGUUGGCGCCGAUUCAAACACUCACAAUUACCAGUAAGAAUACGCAUGUGCUUCUUGGUCUCAAUGACGGGAAGCUUAUUAUCUUGGCGGUCAAUCCGAAUUGAUGGAAUGAAAUUAUUGAUGUUAAGAUUUGGACUAUUCUUUCUGAAAUGUGUAUAAUAUUGUCGUGUAAAUGUAAAAAGUAGAUUACUUUCGUAGACUCUGUCGGUGUGAGACUGUGACUGGGUGGGAUUUUUUAUUGAGCCAGUCUGGCUGUGCUGUUAUGAGAUGUCACUCACCGUCUACAGUCUCUGCGAAUUGUUUGAAGUGUCUAAGCUAAACGAGACAUUCAGAACCAAUGAUGAAACGAAGCGGUCACAUGAUGUGACAACUACCUUCUGAGAUUAAUAUCUUUAACUGUUUAUUGGAAGGUUUUUUCAACAUCAUUGAUAUAUUGGACACAUUUGAGGAUUACUGACUUGAUAUCAAAUAGUAAUACUAAA